AUGCGGCUUCAAUUUUUGUUUCUGACAAUUGUUACAAUAGCCUCAGCUGAAGUCUUGAAGCUUCAAUUGGCCAAAACUACCGUGCCAAGACCAGUUAGGAAAGCUAGUGGUGGUUAUGAUGACAAACCUUUUGAGUUGUAUGAAAGUAGGUUUUGUAAAAUACGUUCAUAUAACCUUCCCUUUAAAAAACGUAUUCUAUUUUAACUUUUAUAGCGAAGAACUCAUUUAAAAAUAAAACAAAAAAUUCAAAUUUUCAAAAUCCCGCCAAAGUUAAAAAACUUUGGCAUUGUGUUUCAACCAUACAUUUUUGCUUUCAAAAGGUUGUCUUAACAUACUAAAUGACCAUUUUUUAAUUAUUUAUGUUUUGCAACGAAAAAAAAUAAAAAAUUCAAAUUUUAUGAAUCCCGCCAAAUUUAAUAUUAAAAAAAAAUUUUGUUGACGAAAGUUAUCGAGUCGUAUUUUACAAAUCAUUUAUCAAAUUCAAUUAAAGUUUACUUUAUUUUAUUACUACAACCCCAAAUAGCAAAAAAAAAUUGAAAUUUAAAAAAUCCCGCCAAAAUUGCAAAUCUUUGGCAUUCUGUUACCACCUAACUUUUUUGUAAAUAAUGAGUUGUAGUAGCCUUUAAAGACAUUUUUUUGACCAACAAUUUCUAAUUUCGACUAAUUAUUGCUGAAUUUCAGCUGAUUUCUACACAAUACCGAUUGAGUUUGGCAGUCCAGCCCAGACCUUGCACUUGGCUUUGAACUUGGGUUCGAACCAAUUUUGGGUAUUAGACAAGAAUAACAGCGGAAAUGUCACUACCAAUGGUCCUACUUUUGACACUAGGUAUUCAAAGCUUAUUUAGAAAAAAUUCACCCCCCCCUCCUGCCCUCCGCCUCACGCUAACCCGACUCCUAAUCCUUCCAUUUCAGCCGUUCCAACUCCCUAAAGCUAAACGAAUCCAAUCACUACUUCAAGUUCUUCAACAACCUAGACCUCAAUGGUAUCACAGCUCAAGAAGACAUUACCCUAGCCGCAAGUACCUUCAAAUCCCAGAACGUUGGUGUCGUUCGCAGAGCUACUGGCGAAGGCACAUUGGCAAUAUCCGGCGUUCUCGGCAUUGGUCCUACUAUUAAUGGUACCGACUAUGACUCAUGGGAACCUAUUGUGCAUCAGAUCGCCAGAAAACAGUCCAAUGGCAAGUUUACUGUAUGGUUGAACAGUAACGAGGACAGCGAUGUCAAGGGACAACUGACUUUCGCUGAUCACGAUGAGGAACAUUGUGAUAAGCAGGUAGUACAAGCUGGGCCAGUGACUACAGCUGCAGGGCAUUUUACUCAAUGGGGCUUUCCUAUGACUGGGUAAGGUUAUAUCGCUUUAUACAGCGUUUUACACUUAAAAUUACAUUUUUCAUGCUCUCUUUUAAUCAAUAGAUUUCCUUAAAAACACCUUGAGUCAUCAAAACACCUUUCAUCGUAUAAUAUGUCCCCCUAAGCUCAAAGAUAAAUAUUGUCUUAACUACUCUCACAACUAACACCACUCUUCCUAUAUAUACCUAUUUUACCACAAAAACCACUAGUAAUCAAAACAUCAUUCAUCGUAUAACAUGUCACCCGCAGCCUGCACUACCCACUUUUCCCUUUUUUCCACUAAUCUUUUUAGUUACGGCGCAGGAAGCUACCGCUACUACCGAAAAGGCAACGUGGCUAUUCAGAAUACGGAUAAAGUAAUCAAACUAGAAGAGUAUGUCUACUAUACGAUUGUUAGUACCUAUCGUCUAAAAUUCAAUGUCACAUUAGAUGCAUACACAAUCAAUUGCGAAGACUUGGAAGGAUAUCUACCUUUCUAUUUGACCGUUAACAGACAUGAUUUCCUCUUUCCUGCUCAUAUUUUGUUUGCACCGGUAAGUAUUGGCAAUUUUUUCGAAAUUGAAAGGUUGAAACGUUAUGCCAAAAAUCGCGAGAAAAUGAAAAUUCGAAAAUAUUUUUAAAAAGUUUUUAAAAAAACCCAGUCCAGCCUUUAAAAAAUUUAAAAAUCCAAAAAACAUAAUUUUAGCCGUUUUUAAAACCAUGAAACGUUAUGCCAAGAUACCGGGACAAUAAAAAUUAAAAAAAUUUUUUUAAAAUUAAAAAAAAUUCAAAUCCAGCCCCUAAAAAUAAAAAAACAUUCCAAACACAUAAUUUUACUAGAUAUUAGUCAUUUUUGGAACCAUGAAACGUUAUGCCAAAACCCCAGGAAAAAUAAAAAUUCAAAUUCUUUUGCCAUUUUUUAACCUGAAGCUCAACAAUUGUAAACCAUAGUAACAUUCUGAAAAGACUUUUAAAAGUAAAUUCUAUAUUUUUAGCUAGAAGGAAACAACAAAGUAUGCCGCUAUCUAGCCGAGCCCGCAAACGCUGGAGCAUUGACCGAGCUCGUUCAGCUAACUCAAGACUUUUUAAAGUACAUUUGUGUAACAUAUGAUGUUAAAACUAAAACCGUGGCUUUCUCAAAAGCUGUUCCAACUUAA